AUGGUGAAUGUGAAUACUGUCCAAACCAAGCCUUUCGAAGGCCAGAAGCCCGGUACUUCCGGUUUGCGCAAACGCGUCAAGGUUUUCCAACAGCCCAACUAUACCGAGAACUUUAUCCAAGCUGUUCUCAAGGCUAUCCCCGAAAGCGAUGGCGGAGCGAAAGGUGCUACAUUAGUCAUCGGUGGUGAUGGUCGCUUUUAUCUCAAUGAAGUUUUGCAAAUCAUCGUCAAGCUCAGUGUUGCCGCUGGUGUGAAGAAACUCGUUGUUGGCAGAGAUGGUAUUGUCUCGACGCCUGCUGUUUCGUGUAUCAUCCGUAAGAUUAAAGCUACAGGUGGUAUUCUGUUGACCGCAUCGCAUAACCCUGGUGGUCCCGAUGCGGACUUUGGUAUCAAAUACAACUGUUCCAAUGGUGGUCCUGCUCCGGAAAGUGUCACCAACCGAAUCUAUGAAAUCAGCAAAACUCUGCAAAACCUUGAAAUUGCCGACAUUCCCAAGGUCGACUUUUCACAGCUUGGUACUCAACAUAUCGGUGAUUUGACUUUGGAGGUCAUCGAUGGUGUCAAGGACUAUGUCGAAUACAUGAAGACCAUCUUUGACUUUGACGAAAUUCGCACCUUUUUCAAGAACAACAAGGACUUUAAGAUGCUUUUCGAUGGCAUGAAUGGUGUCACUGGUCCUUAUGGCUAUCGUCUGUUUGUGGAAGAGCUUGGUCUCCCGGAAUCGAGCGUCAUGCGCUUCAAGCCCUUGCCCGACUUUGGCGGUGCUCAUCCUGAUCCCAACCUCACUUAUGCUCAUGAUUUGGUCGAACGUGUUCAGGCCGAAAACUAUGACUUCGGUGCGGCAUCCGAUGGUGAUGGUGACCGUAACAUGAUCAUCGGUAAGGAUGCCUUUGUCACUCCCAGUGACAGUGUAGCUAUCAUCGCCCAUUACGCAAAGGAAGCUAUCCCAUACUUCAAGAAGCAUGGUGUGAAUGGUUUGGCCAGAAGUAUGCCUACUUCCCAGGCUUUGGAUUUGGUUGCCAAGAAACAAGGAUUGGAAUUCUUCGAAGUACCCACUGGCUGGAAAUUCUUUGGUAACUUGAUGGAUGCUGGUCGUUGUUCCAUCUGUGGUGAAGAAUCAUUCGGUACUGGUUCGGAUCACGUCCGUGAAAAGGAUGGCGUGUGGGCCAUUUUGGCAUGGUUGAGCAUCAUUGCUCAUGUCAACAAGAGCAAGCGCAUGGGUGUGCAAGACAUUCUUCAAGAGCAUUACAAGGUUUACGGUCGCAACUUCUUCUCUCGUUACGAUUAUGAAGAAGUUGACAGCAAAGGUGCAGAAGACAUGGUGGAACGUCUUCGUGGUAUGAUCGAAAAGAAUGAGCUUGUUGGCAAGACGUGCGGUCAAUUCAAAAUCGCCAAGGCCGACGAUUUUGCUUAUCAUGAUCCCAUCGAUGGCAGCGAGUCCAAGAAGCAAGGUAUCCGCAUCAUUUUUGAAGACGGUUCGCGUAUUGUUAUUCGCUUGAGUGGCACAGGCUCUCAUGGUGCCACUGUACGUUUGUACGUCGAGAAAUAUUCGGAUAACGCUGCCGAAUAUCCCAAACCAACUCAAGAAGCCUUGAAACCAAUUAUCGAUGUCGCUCUUGAAUUAUCUCAAUUAGAAAAGUUCACUGGCCGUAAGGAACCUACUGUCAUCACCUAA